AUGUCGCUCAACAUGAAAACCCUAACCCAAGCACUAGCAAAAACCGCAGCAGUAAUCGAGAAAAAGGUGCAAACAACGGUGCAAGAGGUAACAGGUCCAAAGCCACUUCAAGACUACGAGCUUCUCGACCAGAUCGGUUCCGCUGGACCGGGUUUAGCUUGGCGGCUUUACUCCGCCCGGGCUCGGGAUCCGUCGCGGCAGCAUCAGUAUCCUGUUGUGUGCGUUUGGGUGUUGGAUAAACGGGCGUUGUCGGAGGCGAGAAUGCGCGCGGGGUUGACGAAAGCGGCCGAGGAUUCGUUUUUGGAUUUGAUUCGGACGGAUGCGGGGAAGCUUGUUAGGCUUAGGCAUCCUGGAGUUGUGCAUGUUGUUCAGGGACUUGAUGAGAGUAAGAACGCCAUGGCGAUGGUGACCGAGCCUUUGUUUGCUUCUGUUGCCAAUACGCUUGGGAAUCUUGAUAAUGUUGCAAAUGUUCCUAAGGAUCUUAGGGGAAUGGAAAUGGGAUUGUUGGAGGUGAAGCAUGGUUUACUUCAGAUGGCGGAAUCGUUGGAUUUUCUCCAUAACCAGGCUCAUCUUAUUCAUCGAGCUAUAUCUCCUGAGAAUGUUUUUAUCACAAUGAGUGGAGCCUGGAAACUUGGUGGAUUUGGUUUUGCAAUUCCUGCUUCGCAGAAUGCUGGCGAGUUAUCUAAUCAGCAAGCCUUCCAUUAUGCUGAAUAUGACGUUGAAGACUCUAUUUUGCCACUUCAGCCAUCAAUUAAUUACACUGCUCCUGAGAUGGUGAGGAGCACUGCUUCUUCAGCUGGGUGCUAUUCUGAUAUUUUCAGUUUUGGAUGCCUUGCCUACCAUUUGAUUGCUCGCAAGCCUUUGUUUGACUGCCACAACAAUGUGAAGAUGUACAUGAAUACCUUGACUUACUUAUCCAGUGAUGCUUUCUCAUCUAUCCCAUCGGAACUGGUUCCUGACUUGCAAAGGAUGCUCUCUUCAAAUGAAUCUUACAGGCCAAGUGCGAUGGAUUUUACAGGUAAAUAA